ACGCAACAGUCCCACUUCGUCUGUAUUCUACUACGACGGAGGACGGUAGAUCGAUUAGGCUCUGCUACCGUAACAAUUGAUUCGAUAGGCUUAUAUAUCGUUGACCAAUUUGUGCCAUCGACCCGGCAGCAAUAGCGCGUCUGUUUACUUUGGUCCUAUAUUAUUUGGACCAAAGUACCGUGAAGUACUUUUUUUCGUUUUACUAUAAAGUUAAGCAUGCGGCAGUCGUAUACCUUAACGGAGCCGGAUAAUGUCUCGGUCACUGGAUUUCCCUUUGGCCGACAGGACAGCAGGCGCAAGAACAGACCGAUGUCUCGGUCAGUGUUGAUGUCCACCUUCAUGGGACUGCUCAUCAACCAAGCCAAGAACAAGAGCUCCCAGGGUCUGGUGGGACUAAGGAACCUUGGCAACACUUGUUUCAUGAACUCCAUCCUCCAGUGCCUGAGCAACACUCCGGAGCUGAGGGACUUCUGUCUCAGAUACAUCCACCCAGCAGAGCUCAGCCGAUGUGGGAACCAAGUUGCUCUAAUGGAGGAGUUCGCUAAGCUAACGAAGACCUUGUGGACGUCGGUCAACAGUGACGCGGUCAGCCCCUCCGAUUUCAAGACCCAGAUCCAGAAAUAUGCUCCAAAAUUCUUGGGCUACAAUCAGCAGGAUGCCCAAGAGUUCCUGCGCUUCCUAUUGGACGGACUCCACAAUGAUGUCAACCGGGCGACGGUGUGUCCCAGGGUGACAGAGGACUUUGACCACCUAUCGGACACUGAGAAAAGUCAAAAGAUGUGGAACAGAUACAGAGAAUCAGAGGACAGCAAAGUGGUUGAUUUGUUUGUUGGGCAGCUGAAGAGUUCCCUGACCUGCAGUGAGUGUGACUUCUGCUCCACAAUGUUCGACCCUUUCUGGGACCUGUCUCUGCCGAUCGCACAGAAAGACACAGAGGAGGUGACUCUGACCGACUGCAUGCGGCUCUUGACCAGAGAGGACGUGUUGGACGGAGAAGAGAGACCUACUUGCCAGCGAUGUAAAGUCAGAAGAAAAUGCAGCAAGAAGUUUUCCAUCCAGAAGUUUCCAGAGGUCCUCGUGCUUCACCUGAAGCGUUUCUCCGAGCCCCCGUCACACGCCAAAAAGCUCACCACCUUCGUCAACUUCCCCCUCACAGAGCUGGACCUGGGCGAGUUUGCCUCGGCAGACGGCGUGCACGCUGUGUACAGCCUGUACGCCGUGUCCAACCACUCGGGGAGCAUCCUGGGGGGGCACUACACAGCCUUCUGCAAGAACCCUGCGCUGGAGCAGUGGUACCGCUACAACGACUCCAGAGUGAGCCCCAUGUCUGCUAGCGAGGUGCACAGCAGUGAUGCCUACGUGCUCUUCUACGAGCUGACACCGCAUCAAUACCAGACACAGCGCCUGUAGACACCAAUGCCGCCACACAAACAAUCACGCACACACGCACUCACACACACACACACACACACACACACACACACACACACACACACACACACACACACACACACACACACACACACACACACACACACACACAGGGCCGUAGCACCAAAUCCUGGGCCCCACACACACACACACACACACACACACACACACACACACACCACACACCACACACCACACACCACACACAUCGGCAACGGAGCAAUCGGAGCCACGCUAGAGCCUUGUGUCGGCAGACCUGCAAAGCUCAGCAGACCGGCUCUGCUUGGACUCCCCCUGCAGUGAACCCUGUGACGAUGUUGACUGGGGGGCGGGGCGCAGGAUUCCUUGUCACUGCAGGAAUCGACAAGCGAGCCCCCUUGCAAAAGGGUUGUUUUCCGUGCGUUCGGAUUUGCUGUGGAAAAGAGGGAAAUGUGUGUGUCAGCGUGCCCACAUGCAAGUGUGUAUGUCAACGGAGACUGCGUCUUGAGAUCGGUUGUCAAGCUCGGAAGGUUUGAUUUGCUGCAGAGCCAUUGGUGUUUCGGUGAAGUGAGGAUGAGUCACCUGCGAACUCAGGACUUCUGGCGCUCUCUAGUGGCCAAACUGGAUAUUUGUCGCACACGCCUGAGAACAACAUAAUGGAGGAAUAAUAAUAUCUUAUUAAAAAAACGUGUUUCUAACUUGCACUGAACGGAGAACUUAGUGAAUGUUACUUUUCGCAUCUCUGUGGAGAUGCUUAAGUUCCAUGGUAAUAAAGUUGUAUGAUCAAAAAUC